AGAAAGUAGCAGCCCCACAAAUCUUCUCCUUCAUCUUCAUUUUCCCAAACCCUCAAAACCCUAUAAAUUUUCAUGUCCCUUGAGAGCCUUUUAUUUCCUCGCCUCCACCAAAAACCCUAGCCACAGUUAAACCCUACUCCUCUCUUACACUCUCUGAGCAAGCUAGCUACCAUGACUGAGCUUGAAGCUUCUCGCACUGACAAGAAGAAGAAGAAGCACCGUAACAAAGACGAAGCUGCCGACGUUCAGGAUUCCGACUUCCUGAUCAAACCCCAGAGCUAUACUCCCGCUAUCGACACUUCUCAAUGGCCGAUUCUCCUCAAGAACUACGACCGCCUCAAUGUGCGAACCGGACACUAUACUCCUAUUCCCUCCGGUUGCUCCCCUCUCAAGCGACCUCUUUCAGAGUACAUCAAGUACGGUGUCAUGAAUCUCGAUAAACCCGCGAACCCCUCUUCUCACGAGGUCGUCGCUUGGAUUAAACGGAUCCUCCGGGUCGAGAAAACGGGUCACAGUGGUACUCUUGAUCCUAAGGUCACCGGCAACCUCAUAGUUUGCAUUGAUAGAGCCACGCGUCUGGUGAAAUCGCAGCAGGGUGCUGGGAAAGAGUACGUUUGUGUCGCUCGAUUGCACUCUGCGGUGCCUGAUGUCGCAAAAGUGGCUCGUGCACUUGAGACGCUUACUGGAGCUGUGUUUCAGCGGCCACCGUUGAUUUCUGCGGUGAAGAGGCAGCUUAGGAUCAGGACAAUAUAUGAAAGUAAGCUUCUUGAGUACGAUCCUGAUAAGCAUUUGGUUGUGUUUUGGAUUUCCUGUGAGGCAGGUACGUAUGUGAGGACUCUGUGUGUCCAUUUGGGUUUGAUUCUUGGUGUGGGAGGCCAUAUGCAGGAGCUUAGAAGGGUGCGUUCGGGUAUUCUAGGUGAGAAAGAUAAUAUGGUUUCUAUGCAUGAUGUGUUGGAUGCUCAAUGGGUUUAUGAUAACUAUAGAGAUGAGAGCUAUUUGAGAAGGGUUAUUAUGCCUUUGGAAGUAUUGUUAACGAGUUAUAAGAGAUUAGUUGUGAAGGAUUCUGCUGUUAAUGCCAUUUGUUAUGGAGCGAAGCUGAUGAUUCCAGGGUUACUUAGGUUUGAGAAUGAUAUUGAGGUAGGGGAGGAAGUGGUGCUAAUGACUACAAAAGGUGAAGCAAUUGCAUUGGGGAUUGCAGAGAUGACUACUGCUGUAAUGGCUACUUGUGAUCAUGGUGUGGUUGCAAAGAUCAAAAGAGUUGUCAUGGAUAGAGAUACUUAUCCAAGGAAAUGGGGUCUAGGACCAAGAGCAGCCAUGAAAAAGAAGUUGAUUUCAGAAGGGAAGUUAGAUAAGCGUGGGAAGCCAAACGAGAAUACUCCUCAAGAGUGGCUGAGGAAUGUGGUUUUACCAACUGGUGCGGAUUCUAUCAUUGCUGGUAUGCAUGCAUCAUCUGAACCAGAUGCCGGCAAGAAGGAGACUGCCUUAGUGGGAAAGGAGGAUGGGCAAGAGGGUAAAAGAAAACUAGUUGAAAGCACUGAUAGUCCUGCUCCAGUGCCCACUAAGAAGGCCAAAACAAAAGAAGUUGAAGAAUCUGAAAAGGAAGAAGUAGUUAAGAUCAAGAAGGUUAAGGAGGAUGUGGUGGAGAUUGAAAUUGAUAAGAAAGAGAAAAAGAAGAAGAAAAAGAAGGACAAGGAUGUUGAUGAAGCAGAGGCUGGUUCACCCGAUGUGGAGAAGUCUGAGAAGAAGAAAAAGAAACACAAAGAAAAGACAGAAGCGACCUCACCUGAUGAGGAAAAGUCGGAGAAGAAGAAGAAGAAGAAGAAGAAGAAGGAGAAAGAAGCUGAAAAUAAUGCUGGGGAGAUCAAUGGAAAGGCUGAUGAUGACAAUGAUAGAAGUGAGAAAAAGAAGAAGAAGAAGCAUAAGAAGAAAAGUGAAGUUGCAGAGGAAGAAUAGUGUGGACUUGAUUAGAUUAUUCUAAUCAUCGUUUGUUGUGGUGGCGCAUCGGAAGGGAAGAAAUUGUGUGUUGAGUGAGGACGACAGCAACAUCAAAAAUUGAUUCAAUUUGAGACUACUUCAAUGCGAAGAACACGAGCGACCUGCAAUUAUACUGUUACUCUCCGUUAGUAAUCAUCGUAUAACCAACAAGUGUUCAUUUUCAUAUCACUGCAAGUCAAGUCAGUCUUGUUAUCUUCCUAGCAACGCAAGAUGAAAGAGAAAUACGAAUCAGAGCUCCAAAUUUUGUAAUGGCAGAAGCAGAGGUGAAGAACAGAAUUUAACUGAUCAAACAAAGCUCAGAUAUCAAGAGUUCGAUUGUUUCAGGAUGCUGCCACCAUCACAAGUAACUUCGUUACAUGUAGGGUACUAUUUUUGUCAUUUAUUAGGAAUCACUUAUAAUUAGGAGUGUUCUCGUAGGAUGUAAUCGAGACAUCUUUGUCUUGUGUCCUGUCUUGAAAAAUUAUUGAGAUUGAAUUUUUA